AUGGAUCUUAGUUAUGAGCAGCUUCACAUGCUUGAAGAAGAUUCCCGAGACGAUUGUAUAAAAUUAAGAUGCAUUUCCUGUCUAGUAAAGCGAUACGCUUCAUUUUCUAUCCGAAAACCUAAAAGAAGAGUCACACAUAUGACGGUUCAAUUGAUCCCUGAAUUGAACUCUGAAGACAGCCGACAUCUCUCAAUAAACUCAAUAUUUACUAACAUAGAAUCAAGGCAAAGAGAAUACGAAAUGCUCCCUGAAAUGACUCGAAGCGCAACUUCAAUGGAAGACCGACUUUGAAUCUCUGACAAAACAACGUGUAAUUUUAAAAUAGAUUCAAAAGAAGAGUAUAUACAAUUGCAGCAAAACUUUAUGUCACUGUUUUUCGAACAUAAACCGUAUCAUGGGUCCCGAAUACAUAAAAGUGUUCCGGAAAUUCACAGAUCCAAUGUAAUACAGUUUUUUCUUGACUCCUGGGUUUUGUCGCAAAAUGUAUUCUUGUGUCUUUUAGUUCCUUUGAAAAAUAAAGUAUGAGUUGACAUGAAGACUUUUAUUUCAGCUAUUGAAUGUGCAAGCCAAUUUACUUAUGAAAAAUCAAAUUUGAUUUUUAGAGUUAAAGAUCUGGAAAAGAGUAUUAACGAAAUUGUACAAAAACAGUACAGCUGAAAUAAAAUAUCUGAGACCUUUAUAAUUAACUCGUGCUUAUAA